CCAGAAUCCAAACCCUAACCUUAUCCGGUUCGGACGAUCCGAUCUCCGCCAAACGUCUCCCGGAGCUCCGACAUAGGCAUACCGUCAGCUCAAGAUAGAUUGGGUGGAGUAGCAUUGGUUCUAUGCUAUGGAAAUUUCGAGCGAAACACCAUCUAAGAGGCCAAAGCGGUUGACAUCCGUUGUGUGGAACCACUUUGAAAGAAUAAGAAAGGGAGAAAUAUGUUAUGCUGUUUGUUUUCACUGCAAAAAGAAACUCAGUGGGUCGAGUAACAGCGGGACAACUCAUCUGAGAAACCACCUCAUAAGGUGUCUCAAGAGAUCCAAUUUUGACGUUUCUCAGAUACUCUCAGCAAAGAGAAAGAGGAAGGAUACAACCACCCUUGCUGUUGCAAGUGUCGCCUAUGAAGAAGGGCAAAGAAAAGAUGAUAUUGUUGUCCCCAUCAGUUACAAAUUUGAUCAAGAACCAAAGAAGGAAGAUGCCAUUUUCCCUUUCAACAUGGGGAGUGUUAAUUUUGAUCAAGAGCGAAGUAGACUAGAUUAUGCUCGCAUGGUUAUGCUACAUGGCUAUCCGCUGUCCAUGGCUGAACAUGGGGGAUUUAAAACAUUUGUGAAGCAUUUGCAACCACUGUUUGAGGUCAUGACUAAUAGUGCCAUUGAACUUGACUGUAUGACCAUUUAUGCAAAAGAGAAACAGAAAAUAUACGAGGAAAUACAGAAUUUGCAUGGAAGGAUCAGUCUUGUCGCUGACACGUGGGUGUCACCUGACAAUGGAAGGUAUCUGUGUCUGACGGCUUACUAUAUUGAUGAAGAUUGGAAGCUGAAGAAGAAGAUACUGAAUUUUCUGACACUGAACGCGGAUGACACCGAUGAUCUUCUUUCAGAACUUGUUAUUAAAUGUUUGACUGAUUGGGCCAUCGACCGGAAGUUGUUUUCCAUGACUUUUGAUGAAUGCUCGGGCUACGAUGACAUGGUCUUUAGAAUUAAAGACUGGCUAUCUCAAAACAAGCCUCUUUUGAAGAACGGUGAUUUAUUUGAUGUGCGCUGUGCAUCAAGUGUUUUAAAAUCCAUAGUUCUUGAUGUCAUGGAGGCACUCCGAGGUCUGACCCAUAAGAUUCGGGAAGGUAUAAGGCAUGUUAAAAGCUCACAAAUAACUCUAGGAAAAUUCAAUGAGAUUGCUCGUCAAGUUGGGAUCAUCACUGAGAGGCAUCUGGUUCUUGACUACCCAAUGCAAUGGCAUUCAACAUAUAUGAUGCUCGAAGCUGCGUUAGAGUAUAGAGGGGCCUUCUCUGUCCUACAAGAGAAUGACGCUGACUACAAAAUAAGUGUGUCUGAUACAGAGUGGGAAUGGCUAAGUUCCAUCGUUGGUUAUGUAAAACUCCUAGUUGAAGUCACUAAGACAUUCACUGCAAACAAAUAUUUAACUGCAAAUGAAUAUUUCCCAGAUGUGUGUGAUAUCCAAAUCCGAUUAACAGAGUGGUGUAAAAGUUCUGAUGAGUUUCUUGGUGAUAUUGCAACAAAGAUGAAAGCCAAAUUUGACCAGUAUUGGAAUAAAUGCAGUCAAACGUUAGCGAUAGCAGCCAUAUUGGAUCCUAGAUACAAGAUGAAGCUGGUUGAGUACUAUUAUCCCCAGAUAUAUGGGAGCGAUGCCCCAAAUCACAUCAAGGUAGUGUCUAAUUCCAUAACACAACUUUUCAAUGAGUAUGCAAUAGGUUCUUCCGCUUCACUGGAUCAGGAACCUUCUGGGUCUGGAAAUUUACAUAGCAGCAGCUCUGUAAGUAGAGAUAGACUUAAGGGAUUUGACAAAUUUUUGCAUGAAACCUCACAAAGUCUGAGCGUGCCAUCAGAUUUAGCCAAGUAUUUGGAGGAGCCAGUUUUUCCACGCAAUUACGAUUUCAACAUAUUUAAUUGGUGGAAGGUUCAUACUCCUAGGUACCCAAUAUUAUCUAUGAUUGCACGUGAUGUGCUGGGAAUUCCUGCAUCCACACUUGGAUCAGAAUUAGCAUUCAGCAAUAAAGUUAAGAUGCUUGACCAGCACAAGAGUUUGCUCAAUUCAGAUAUUCGAGAAGCUUUAGUUUGUGGUCAAGACUGGUUGCGUUUAGAAGCAGAAGAGACCACCCCAUCCUGCAGCAACUAUGCUUUACCAUUGCUCAUUGAGUCCAGUUAACAGCCAAGCGAAUGCACGGUUGGUUGAAGUAUUGCUGGGUGCCGGUUAUUGGCAUAUGUUCUAUUUAGCUGCUACGCACUCUUUGCUCCAAUUGCAAUGCUGAACAACUAGACGAAUCUGUAAUUAAUAGUACAUUUUUACUAUAUGGGUAUUAGCAGAAUCUUGGUUUUCACCGAUGAAAAUAUUAUUGAUUGCUUUGUCCACCCAUUUGUUUCAAUAUUUAGUAUUUGGAUUUUACACAGAGAUACCAAUUGGUUGAGGUUCAAGAAUAAGAAAAACAGAUAUAAUUC